AUGGCAUUCGACAAGUCAACAUUGGGGUCGACAGUUGCUGAAGUAUUUUCUUCACGCAUUCGAGGCCAAACGAUCCUCAUUACUGGUGUCGGUCUAAAAGGCAUUGGAGGCCGAAGCAGAUCCAAAGUCCAAGAAGUGAUUGAAGACAUCGCAUCCAAAUCCGCAGGUGUGAACUGCAUUGCUCUGGAACUGGAUCUUUCAUCUCAAAAGUCUUGCCGUGAAGCAGCAGCAGCCGUUCUGGCAAACCCACAAAUUAAACGGAUUGACCUCGUCAUUAAUAAUGCGGGUACCAUGAACCCCCCAACGCGUCAGCUCAGUCCAGACGGGAUUGAACUGCAACUUGCAACCAAUCAUGUUGGGCAUUUCCUCUUCACAAAUCUCAUUAUGCCUAAGAUUCUGGCCGCAGCAAAGGUCAAUGAAAGAGGCGCAACUAGAAUUGUUAAUCUCUCGUCUCGUGGGAUUGUCUAUAGCCCAAUCCGGUUCUCCGACCUAAAUUUUGAGAAAUCACACGGCGAUCUACCGCAAAGUGAACAGCCCGAUUAUUCUGCUGUGGCACUCACGGGCUAUUCUAUCGAUUCGAAGGACAAAUACACGCCUGCAGUGGCAUACGGACAAUCAAAAACAGCCAAUGUGCUUUAUUCUCUUAGUUUAACAAGGAGAUUGUAUCAGAAGCAUGGUAUUCUGAGUUUUGCUGUGCAUCCUGGCGCCGUACUGACGGAGUUGAUUCGUCAUACUGAUCCCGUGAAAUUAAAAGAGAUACUUGAAAAGUUUCGAAGCGCUUUCAAGAGCUUGGACGAGGGAACCAGCACUUCACUCGUGGCAGCGUUGGAUGAUCGCCUUACCCCAGCAUCUGAAGACGGGCAUGGUAUCUAUAUUGCCGAUUGUCAAAUUGCAGAAGCUCCUGCCUAUGCGAGGGAUCAAAAAGCUGCGGAGCAACUAUGGCUUAUCAGUGAGAAAUUGGUCGCCGGUGGUGAUGGUCGCUAUACCGCAGAAGUCGAUAGGGAAUUCAUCGAUGCAGCUCAAAGUAUUGGAGAACCAGGACGAUACUGCAACCACUUCCGUGAGCCUAAUUGCAAGCUCGAGAGGUGGACGGUAGGAACACAGUCUCGCUUAGCCAUCGUGUGCACGAGGGAUAUCCAGAAGAUGGAAGAAAUCACGUUUGACUAUCAGACGAUACCGGUUGGAAAGCCCCAACGGUGCUUUCGCGGUGCUCAGCUAUGCUGGGGUGUCAGUGCGAGUGCGAGCUGGGUCCAAAAAAAACGGCGCCGUAUUCUCAUCCUGACAAUUAGUCGCGAGAAGCUUGAAGAGUUCGUCCUUCGAGAUCAACUUCACCGCGAUUUAUAUGCAUCCAUCCGUACCACAAAUAAGGCUGGCGCUGCCAUAUCUGCCCAACCGAUCUACUCCUGCAGUUUCCGUGCCUACGGCUGCCCGAACACGUUUUGGGUCAAGAACCAGUGGAAGCGUCAUGUCUCCACGAUCCACAUGAAACUGGACCUGCAUCGCUGCGAUCUGAGGGGUUGCCGUUCCACUACAAAUGCGUGCCACGAGUUCAGCCUGAGCGAAAUCGUCAUGGCAUCGGAAUCGCUGAAAUUCAAACCACUGGCUCUGCCACCAAAUGUGACAGAAUUAGACUUCAAUCACUUUAUCGGAAAGAUCAUCAACCUCGUUAGAAGUGAUAAUGUCGAAGUCAUAACUUCGAAGGAUCAGAUUGACGAUGCUUCGUACAUGGAUCCUCCACACACGCACGACCCGCAUCAUGUCUUGGAGCAGGACUAUUUCCUCGCUUCUGCGGUUGUGGCUCCUCGCAGUGUCGCGGACGUACAGGCUAUUGUCCGAUUAGCAAAUGAGAUAUCCUGCCCUUUAUGGCCGAUCUCUAUUGGAAGGAACUCCGGCUAUGGUGGUGCCGCACCACGCGUCAGUGGUAGUAUUGUUCUCAAUAUGGGGAAGAAUUUGAACAAGAUCCUGGAUGUCAACGUUGAAGGGGCAUACUGCCUCGUUGAGCCGGCCCACAACCUUCGCGACAAGCUGUGGAUUGACGUCCCAGAUCUUGGAGGUGGUUCUAUCCUCGGCAACACUGUCGAGAGAGGUGUGGGUUAUACCCCCUAUGGUGAUCACUGGAUGAUGCACAGCGGUAUGGAAAUAGUCUUACCCAACGGCGAACUCAUGCGUACCGGGAUGGGCGCGUUGCCAGACCCAAGUUGCCUGAAAUCCACGGGGUUAAAGCCCGAGGACCAGCCUUGGAACAAGACUGCCCAGCUUUUCAACUAUGGAUUCGGCCCUUACGUUGAUGGCCUCUUCAGCCAGUCCAAUCUGGGCAUCGUGACAAAGAUGGGCAUGUGGCUAAUGCCAAACCCCAGCGGGUACCAAUCCUAUCUUGUCACGCUGCCCAAGGAAGAGGACCUAAGACAGGCAGUCGAUAUUAUACGGCCUCUUCGAUUAGGUAUGGCUCUUCAAAAUGUGCCCACAAUUCGCCAUGUUCUUCUUGAUGCGGCAGUCAUGGGCUCGAAAGAUAAGUAUACCGAUAAAACGACGCCGCUCUCGGACAAGGAGCUGGAUGCUAUCGCAAAACAGCUCAAUCUUGGCCGUUGGAAUUUCUACGGUGCUCUUUACGGACCAAAACCAAUCCGAGAUGUUCUCUGGGAAACGAUUAAAGCAGCUUUUUCAACAAUCCCAGGUGCUCAAUUCUAUUUCCCCGAGGAUACACCUGAGAACUCGGUCCUUCGCAUCCGUGACAAAACAAUGCAGGGUAUUCCAACUUAUGACGAGUUAAAAUGGAUUGAUUGGCUUCCAAAUGGGGCCCACCUGUUCUUUUCGCCAAUCGCGAAAGUUGCCGGAGAGGAUGCCAUGCAUCAGUACGCUAUUACCAAGAAGAGAUGUCUUGAAGUUGGGUUAGACUUUCUUGGGACAUUUACCGUUGGCAUGAGAGAAAUGCAUCAUAUUGUUUGUAUUGUCUUCAACAAGAAAGACCCCGAGCAGAAAAGGAAAGCUCACUGGCUUAUCAAGACGCUGAUCGAUGAGUGCGCGGCUAAUGGAUGGGGAGAAUAUCGAACCCAUCUUGCGGUCAUGGACCAGAUCAUGGGCACCUAUAAUUGGAAUAACGAUGCUUUUUUGAAGUUCAACGAGCUCAUCAAAAAUGCAGUAGAUCCUAAUGGAAUCAUAGCUCCCGGAAAGUCGGGAGUUUGGCCGCAGCAAUACAGUAAAGCAACCUGGAAUCUGUUGGGCAACGUAUGA